CCUGCGCUGCACACAUACCCGUAGUACUGACGCGGCCCUCCCGGUCAGAAACGGCUGUGAUUUCAGGCGCAAGAAAGCGCAGAACACCUGUACCGAGCAGUAUACAAGCGCAGAAUAACCACGCUGUUAACGUCUCUGAAGCGAGAGCGAGCACACGCCGCACAGGGGUGCAGAUGUGAGGGAAUAUACCUGCAGACUACAGCUGCCACACUGAUGACAGAGCGAGAGGGAAGUCAGAUAGCCAGCUAACCAGCCAGAGCUAAACUCGACCACCAGGAGGGUAAAUGUGCGGCGAUCUGCACGGUUCAGCGACAGCGUGCAACCCGAGCAUCUGAACGGAGCCGGCCGUCCACUACAGAGAGAGCGUUUCUCAGACUGCACAGCUAUGAGGCGGGUGACAUUGGGCUGUGCUGCCCGGCUCGUUUUCGCAGCUUUGUGGCUGUUGGUGGAAGAGUGUCGGGCUGAGACCGGGGCCCCGAGUCUGGCCGAGCGGGUCAUUUGGGCUGUAAACGCCGGUGGGGACGCACACACAGAUGUACAUGGCAUUCAUUAUAAAAAAGAUCCACUCGAAGGAAAAUUGGGGAAAGCAUCAGACUAUGGUGGCCGUCUGGCAAUCCUGCGCUCCAGCCCGGAGGAUCAGAUUCUUUACCAGACAGAGCGAUACAACGAGGAUACAUUCGGUUAUGAAAUACCCAUAAGAGAAGAAGGAGACUACAUACUGGUCUUGAAAUAUGCUGAGGUUUACUUUGCCCAGUCUCAACAAAAGGUUUUUGAUGUGCGUUUAAAUGGCCACGUUGUGGUGAAGGAUCUGGAUAUCUUUGAUCGUGUGGGUCACAGCACGGCUCAUGAUGAAAUCGUGGUAUUCUCAAUAAAAAGAGGAAAACUAAGUGUGCAUGGGGAAGUUUCCACUUUUAAUGGGAAACUCACAGUAGAGUUUGUUAAGGGUUACUAUGACAACCCCAAGAUAUGUGCACUAUAUGUGAUGAAGGGCAAGCUAGAGGAUGUGCCUAAACUGCAGCCACAUCCUGGACUGGAAAAGAGAGAGGAAGAGGAGGAGGAAGAGGACGACGGGGAGGGGGGAGAAAGCGAAAAAAAGAGCACCUCCACCUCUCCCAAGAAUCCAGUUCGGUCCGGGCCGCGCACCCCCAACCCGUACGCCACUGAUAACAGCAGCCUGAUGUUCCCUAUUCUAGUGGCGUUCGGGGUCUUCAUCCCAACCCUCUUCUGCCUCUGCCGCCUGUGAGGGGAACAAGUGAACGAGAGGGAGAGAGAGGAGAAGCGACGGACAUCAGGCUGUGAAGGGGUGGGGGGAGGGGCACAACGAGGGAUGCACAACUGUGGGGAAAGGCAGAAUAUAGACUGACAUUACAACAGAUGGAGAGAGAGAGCAAAAGGCGGACGAGAGACAUGCAGAAACAAGAAGGUUUCAGAUAUUGCUGGGUGACCCGGAAAAUACAAGGAUUUCGAGCGCGAGUUCAUUUUAUGUGUGUGUUUGUGCUUGUGUUCGUACACGUUUGAUGCUAAUUUUAGUUUGAGGAGAUCCUGAGAGAUACUGAUUAAAUGCACUUGCACACACAUAUGCAGCAGGACUAACCACUUUACAAACCUGGUUUGUCUGGUCUAGCAGGAGAUGGAGCUGGAGACACUCCUAGAUCACGUGUCCCAACUCAUGGAAAGUUAUUGGCUAGGAGUGUUUUCUGAUCAGCGGUGGCACUGAUCUGCUGUUUUUUGGCCUCUGGUGGGAGGCAGAAAUGGUACAUGAAUUUUCAGAACCUGAGUUUGACUCCUUGAUCAUUUGGUUAAUGCAUCUAAAUCUCAGUGGCAGAUCAUAAAGUGAUUUGAGACCUUGGUUUCUAAUUACCUCACGUUUUAUUUCCCUCACAUUCACUCAUUCAUUUCCUGCGGCUUCAUUUCUUUCUUUGAUUUAAAAAGCAUAAAUAUUCAAAAUUGUCUGGUGACUUGCUUUCUCAUUCUUCAGUUGCAUAUUUUCAGACCACAGCACCAUGUCUUUGAAUCUCGAACUGCACAAGGGAGAUAUAAUUAUUUUUCCCAUUUACAGGGACUUUUUGGUCUCUGAAUAACCGCAUGUGUUCGGUAUUUAAUAAAACAUUUUUAUUUUUGAAAGAGUGCAUAUUUGCUACCCUUUAGGUAGGAACAUGAGUUCAUAACAAAGAGGGUCUUUAAUACACUGGCUUUUGAGUCCCAGAAACUAGAUUGUAUUGGACUAAAGUGUUAAAUCCCCUUAAUUUCUCUCUCAUUGGUACAUGAUGUGUCUGGGAUAGCAUCUUAUAAAUAUGGUGUCUUAAUUACAUCGCAAAAGGCACCUAAUACAUGGUAUAGAGAAGGAUAGUUGCUCAGUCGGGAUGCUCUUUCAUUUUUGCUCUUGGUUUAACCAUACAGGCCGUUUUUAACGAUACCACCAAAGAUUCUUAGAUUUGCAUUACACACAAUAUGCAAAUUGAAAGCUGUAGCCUGGUUGGGAAAUGGUUUGACAGAUACAUGCCUGCCAUACACCAUGAAGUAUGGAUGCAGAAGCAUGAAUUUUGUACUCAAGGUGGCAAAUUUCAGUGCUGUCGUUUAGCUUUUGUUGUAGCAUAAGUCGAGUGAACCUUUGCAUUCCACCUCAUCCAUCUUUUUCUUGGCAUGUUCUGUAACUGGUAUACUUUUGUCUUGGUAUUUUUCCUCUGCAUCUCAUUUCCUCUUUAUUUGUUUUUGAUUUGCUUCUGUUUCGUUCAAGCAAGCCUGCCUUAAUGUGAUUUAGUGUGCUAUCAAGAGACCACCUCUCACACUGCUGAAACGGAGCACAAUCGAGUAUUCAUGCCACUGUGCUGUCUGACAUGUGAGACGUCAGUUUGACCCCGUCCCUUGCGUGAACUUAAAAACUUAUCUUGGCCUUCACCUUCUCAAAAGGAGUUGGAGAGGGCAGGUUUUGCCUUGGUUUGUUUUUUUUGUUUUUUAAAGUAGAAAACAAUCAUAAAAACAUUGAGGCACUUUUUUCAUUUAUAAGAGUUGCAGAAAGUUGAUUGCUUAUUGUCGCCAAAGUCGUUUUCUUUUACACAGUGCAUGUGUAUAUAAGGUACUUGGUUUGUUGUGCCAUACGGUUAUUUUUCUGUUUAGAAUAUUGUUCAUUUUUGUUUGUGUAAUUGUUAUUGCUAUUGGGGUGGCUGGGUUUUUAAAUAUCUUGCCUAGUGGAGGUUGUGGAUGUGGUCUAGAUAAUGACAGUGAUUUGAUUUGCAGCCACAUAGACACACUGACCGAUUGUCAGAAAGAGCUCGGAUCGUAUUAAGUUUAGUUAAUUUACAUUUGGGUUUUUUUCAUGUUGUGUAAUUUAAGCAAAAGGAAAUGGGUUGAAUAUUAGAAAUAUUGAAAUACUUUAUUUUCCAGAAGUAGUUGUUUU